UUUCUUAUUCCUCUAAGGGCAUGGUUUUUUGAAAUGUCCUGCUAGGAAUGAUUUCUCGACAUGCUUCACCUACAUAUUACGGAGUAUCAUUUAUUUUUCCUAGUGCUUUCAUUCUCUGGUAUGCUUCUGCUGACUGCCAACCACAAGGCACAAUUAAUGUAGUGCUUUUACAUUUACAUACAAUCCUACUGCAUUACCACUUCCAUGGACAUUGGGACUAACAUAUAUACCGUUGCAGGGUAUAGAUUUUAUUCGUAUUGGAAGAUAUGAGGUUGUACACGAUGAUGGACACUCAUGGUCUUGAAGAGAUAAAGCAAAGGAUAGAGCAAAGCAAAGUUGUUGCUGUUACUUAUUUGGGGAUAACUAGCCCAUUGCUUUCAAACAAGAGAUUUGAUGUGUGUAUUAUGGAUGAAGCCGGACGAACUACGUUGGCGGUAUCAUUCGGACCAUUGACAUUUGCAUCAAAAUUUGUUCUAGUUGGGAAUCAUUAUCAAUUACCACCACUCAUCCAGAGGCUAGAGAAAAUGGAAUGGCAGUAAGCCUAUUCUGCAGACUCUCAGAAGCUCAUCCCCAAGCAAUUUGUGCUUUGCAAAGCCAG